AUGCAACCGUGGCAAGAGACAGCUCUAGCUAAGAAGCAAGGCGAGUUGGAUAAGAUACCAAAAGAAUGGCGACUGUCCAAGGACACGCUUGUGGAAGCAAAAACGCGCAAAGUCAUCGCCGGAUCCUUUAUUGAAAGUCUGCUAGAUGAGAAAACACUCAGCAUCACUCGCAUGGAUCCUACGGAGAUCGUCGAGAGUACAGGUAAUGGGUCAAUGCCUGCAUACGAUGUCGUUGAAGCGUUCUGCAAGAGAGCCGCCUAUGGACAUCAAAUGAGUCUCAACCUCCUCGAAGUGGGCUUUAGCGUAGCUCUUGAACGAGCUCGAGAGCUCGAUGCUUAUUACAAGCAACAUGGCAAACCUGUUGGUCCUUUGCAUGGUCUACCCAUCACCCUCAAAGACCACUUUCAUGUCAAGGGAAUGGAAACAUGUUUUGCUUACGUUGGGUGGGUGGGCACCUUC